GGACAUAGAGAAGUCGUCACACACAAUACAAUCCCCUUCUCUCUCUCUCUUCCUCUCUGGGUAAUUUCUUUUUUAUAUUUUUUUUCCCAAAUAACCUCAUAGUGUCGACAUAAUGUUUGUCCAGCAAAAGAAGGAGAAUUAUGAAGAAAAAGAGGAGGAAGAAGUUAUUAUUAUUAAUAAUUUAGUAACUAAAAUCUGUGAUCUCUACUCACAAAUCUCAAGCCUCGACAGUCUAAAGCCUUCAAAAGAUGUCGACACUCUCUUCACCCAAUUAGUCCACACAUGUAUACCACCUUGCCCAAAAUUUGACAUUGACAAACUCCCCAAAAGGGUUCAAAAAAUAAGGUCUAAUUUAAUUAGGCUUUGUGGUAAAGCAGAGGGACUUUUGGAGUCACAUUUCUCAACAAUCCUAACCACAUCAUCAUACAAAAACCCAUUAAACCAUCUCAAAAUCUUCCCUUAUUACAACAAUUACCUAAAGCUAAGCCAACUGGAGUACCAAAUCUUAAGCCAACAUUUGAAAAACAACCAACAACCCAAAAAGAUAGCUUUCGUGGGCUCUGGUCCCCUGCCUCUGACCUCCAUCGUACUUGCCAUGAACCACCUCAAAAAUACCACUUUCCAUAACUACGACAUCGAUGAUUCGGCCAAUUCAAAGGCUAGUGCCUUGGUUGUUAACGAUGAUGACGUGUCGAAACGUAUGGUGUUUAAAACAAUUGAUGUUAUGAAUGUUACUAGUGAACUUAGCCAAUACGAUGUCGUUUUCUUGGCUGCUCUUGUUGGUAUGGAUAGAGAUGAGAAAAUUAAAGUGAUUGAGCAUUUGGGUAAGUACAUGGCUCAAGGCUCAAUUCUUAUGCUAAGGAGUGCUCAUGGUGCUAGAGUUUUCUUGUACCCAGUUGUUGAUACUCAUUCUGAUUUAACUGGAUUUGAGGUUCUUGAUGUGUUUCAUCCCACUGAUGAAGUUAUUAACUCAGUUGUUAUAGCUCGAAAACACCACUAUUGUGAUGAUGAUCCAAUGGUGAUGCCACUGCCAGGUGUCAACACCUCAUCAUCAUCCUCUGCUUCUGCUGGUGCCCCCAUAAAUAUACUACUUCCUAAUAAGUGCUCUCAUGGGAUUGAAGUAUUUAAUCCUCUUAAUAAUAUGAUUGAAGAAUUGGGGUUUGAGGAGAAUCUUUCUUGAUGAAUUAAUAUAUGAUCAAUGUUUCUCAAUCGGUCAGGUCCAUGCUAUAUUAUCAUCAUUAUAUAUAAAAAUUAUUGUGUUCCUUAUUAAUUCCUCUAUAUAUAUGGGUUGGAUCAUGCAUACCUAACAUAUUUGUUACCUGCUAGCAAAUUAUGUGUUGUUCGUGCUAUUUUGUAUCAAAAUAUUCAUACAGAUAGAUAUAUGUAUAUGUAUUAUCUCUAAUAAUUUAUUCAUCUUUAGUACUACUAGCUAGCUAGCUAGCUAGCUAGAUUUGAUGUGUAAUGUGUGUCAUGCUUUAAUUAAUCAAAAUCAUCUUUCUUUCUA